CCUUUUUCGCCUCAGCCUUACCACCCCAAAGAAAACAUCUGCCCCGCUUGUCGCCAGUUCUUGGGGUGGUAACUACAGGGAGUCGACAGCAAACCAUACACCGCUACAAUUCAUGUUCAUAUACGCCUCCCUCCCCUACAUCCCAAUCCAAAAAAACCAACACCUUCUCCUGGCCUUUCCUGCACCAAAAGCGAGUCGAAGCUUCGACCAGCAGUAAACCAACCCCCCCCAAAAUGGCCUCCAUCCCUGAUCCCGACCUUGAAUUCUCAGACGAUGAGCAACAAGACCGCUCCUUCCGCCCCUUCAAGGUCGUCUACAACUUCGCACCCGUCCCCAUCCCCGAUUCCUUCCUCAGCACCGCCAACCCACCGCCCGACGCGCAGCCCGUGACCCUGACCCCGGUCGACUUUUCCUCGGUCCUGCCCGAGUACCAAGGCUGCCACGCCGUGGUUUUGGAAAACGUCCUCUCCCCCUCGGAGUGCGUCCAGCUCCUCCGCAUGGCCGAGGCCAGCGUGCCCGAGGCGGACCGGUACGAGCGCCGGGUCAAGAAGAAGCCCCGGCGCAGCAGCAGCAGCAGCAGCAGCGGCAAGCAAUCCACCGACGAUGCUUCUUCCUCUCCACCGACGGCCCCAGAGGUCUUCAGAGACCCCUGGCGGCCGGCCUGCGUCUCCCUCGGCGCCAACCUGGAGAUCCUGGACCGCGGCUACCGCCGCGGCGACCGCAUCGUCUGGGACGAGCAGGAGCUCACGGACCGGCUGUGGGCCCGCUGCGUCCAGGCGCCCGGCCUGCUCGAGCAGCUGGCCUUCAUCGGGCCCGACGAUCCCGCCGCGCCCUUCAAGUCCAGGUACAGCGCGAACCCGCCGUGGCGCUUCUCGCGCAUCAACAAGCGCAUGCGGUUUCUCAAGUACCGGCGAGGGGAUUUCUUUAGGCCCCACUGCGACGGCGCCUACGAGGACUCGUCACACGGCAAGCAACGCCAGACGCUCUACACCCUCCACCUGUACCUCAACGACUCCAAGGUCGAGGCGGCGAUGGCCGGGAGGGAGCCUACGGAUCUGGUCGGCGGGUCCACCCCCUUUCUCAGCAAGGACGGGUCGCGCAGGAUCGACGUCAACCCGCGCUGCGGCCGCGUGCUCAUCUUUCAGCACAACAAGCUGCGGCACUCGGGCGACGACGUUGUCUACGGCGUCAAGUAUACCAUGCGGACGGACCUGCUGUACGAGAUGGUGGGGCCCGAGGAGCAGGAGAAACGCAGCAAGUAAGGGGGAUUUGUUUUGGGGUUGCUUUUGUUUCUCAAGGAAUCCUUACCUGUAGCACCUGUAUGGCCCAUGUUGGCGCUCACUUGAUAGUAUAAAAGGGCGCUCCAUACCUAUCGGAAUGUUUAAUUUUUACAUAAUCUGGUAUUUCAGACCCUGAAAAGCCCAAGAAAAACAAGCAAAGCUUCAAACAUGGGUAUCCGUAUAUAUGACAGAAGGCCAGGGGUUUGGAUAGAGAGUAUCCAGGGCCAUCUUCCAUGUCGAAACAAAGUCUUCGUUCCUGAUAAUACAAUUACAUGUGGAGUCUCACAUGUGUACGUUCUUCUCAUAAUCCAUUUCUGUUCGUGGUAUAGACAACUGGAC